UCCAGCAAUGUGGAAGAGGCCCCAGAAGCUCCCAACACUCAGACUGUUAGAAGAAACUGUGGUGCCUGAAUCAGGACGACUUGUUUGCUUUUGAAACCAUGCAUUCUCAAUUUCAGUUAUUUUAUCACCUUCCAUAAUAUUUAAGAUUGCUCUGUUGAGAUCUGCCACAAGAGGAGAACCUCUUGGAAACACCUAUAGAUUCACCAAUUAAUCAGAACCAUGCAGAUGGUGUGAGAGUGAAAAAGAAAUGUAGAGAUGGUACUUACAAAUCCAAAGCCAUCAGUUUUAAAAGUUGGUCCUGCAGUGGUGUAUUUGUUGCAAUAUUGUGUAAGAAACAGCUUCAUGUAGGGAAUUUCAUCAAAAGCAGCCGCGAUGCUUCCCUUGGCAAAAAUUUCAUAGAGAUCAUCUAGGGUCUUAUGUUUCUUCCUCUUGUAUGGAUUGAACCUCAACUGUCUCACAAGUCGCUCAACAAAGGAGCCAGAAGGAUACCCAACAUUCUUUCCUUUCUUCAACAGUUAAGCCACAUCAAUUGCCGUUGGUCACAGUUAUUGUACUGUCAGUAGAGAAGUUAAACUGGCUGUGUAGCUCUGCAUCAGAAUGAAUACCAAAAAGCACCAUAUCACCACCACAAAUCCUCCUAAACUUAAUGGGUUCUUAAGGGAUUCUUAUCCAUUUCCCUCAAACAAUGUUAGAACAAAGGAGGUGGCUUGUCUUGAGGAUGCCUAUGCUGUUGCUGAAGCUGUAGAGACAUUUUCUGAGCCUGAAAGUUUAUUUAGUCACAGCCCAGAUCCUGAUGAUGAAAAUGCAAUUCGUCGAGAAAAACAAUAUCAAGAUGAUUCAGAUAUUGAAUUCAAGAACUUGACCACAAGUAUGUCAGAUCACAUAGAAGCAAGCAGAGAGUUUGGUACAACUUCAAAGAUUAGUGAAUCCCAGAUAUCACCUCAAAGGCAGGGGAAACCUGAUACAGUUUCUCAGACCAUGUCAAAUGGCAGCCCAGUGGUAGAGGGGUCAAUUUUGAAGCCAAGGAUCCUUGUUGUAGAAGAUAACAAGGUUAAUGUAAGGGUGACACGGUCAAUGAUGAAGCAGUUAGGCCAUACAAUAGGUGUUGUGAACAAUGGAGUUGAAGCUGUCCGUGCCGUUCAGAGCCAUACGUAUGAUCUAAUUCUUAUGAUGUUUGCAUGCCAGUAAUGGAUGGCCUUAAAGCAACAAGACUGAUUUGUUCUUUUGAAGAAACUGGAAACUGGGAA